AUGGCGAACACGUUUCGCGGGGUGACGGUAUCCACCGUCAACAAUGACGGUGCUCUUACUUCGCGUUUUAAUUUCGCUACAAACGUAAACGUGGAUUAUGACCCGCAAGGGCUUAGUGUUAAAGUAAUACGUGCGGAUCCUGUAUUAGCUCAGGAAGUGCUUGAAUUUCCAGUCCACAAUCAAAGCGAGUGUUCACGGGUGGCUGGUCAAUCUUAUAUAUUUACGAUAGAUAAUGAAACGCUUUUCUUCAAGUUUGGUUCUGAAGGUGACUGUCAAAAUUUCCAUUUACUUGUUAGCAAGAUUAAAGCGGGCAGAUCGUCCUCUGUUUUCACGGUGCGAACAGAAGAUUCAUCAGCGAUGCAAUAUUUCCAGUUUUAUGGUUACUUAAGUCAGCAGCAAAACAUGAUGCAGGACUAUGUAAGAACAAGCACUUAUCAACGGGCUAUAUUGUCAAACAUAAACGAUUUCAAAAAUAAGGUAAUCCUCGAUGUAGGUGCUGGUUCAGGUAUUUUGUCUUUCUUUGCUGCCCAAGCUGGUGCCCGGAAAGUAUAUGCAGUAGAAGCUAGUAACAUGGCCCACCAUGCCCAAGCAUUAGUUCAAGCCAAUGGACUUCAUGACCGAAUUACAGUUGUAGCUGGUAAAAUUGAGGAAAUUGAACUGCCUGAAAGUGUUGAUAUAAUAAUUUCUGAACCUAUGGGUUAUAUGCUAUACAAUGAACGCAUGUUAGAAACUUAUCUUCAUGCAAAAAAAUGGUUGAAACCAAAUGGUAACAUGUAUCCUACAAGGGGAGACUUACAUAUAGCUCCAUUCACUGAUGAUGCUCUCUUUAUGGAACAAUAUAAUAAGGCCAAUUUCUGGUACCAAUCUUGUUUCCAUGGGGUUGAUUUGAGUGCCUUACGCACAGCUGCCAUGAAAGAAUAUUUCAGACAACCUAUUGUUGAUACAUUUGAUGUACGCAUUUGUAUGGCGAGAUCUGUGAGACAUGUGGUAGAUUUCUUAAAUGCUAAUGAGACUGAUUUGCAUAGAAUCGAAGUACCUUUCAGAUUUGAAUUGACACAGUCAGGAACUUGCCAUGGAUUAGCAUUUUGGUUUGAUGUUCUAUUUGCAGGUAGCACACAACAUAUUUGGCUCUCCACUGCACCUACAGAGCCAUUAACUCACUGGUACCAAGUAAGAUGUUUGCUUGAGACUCCUAUUUUUGCUAAACAGGGACAAGCUUUAACUGGUCGGGUACUGCUAUUGGCCAAUAAAAGACAAAGCUAUGACGUUACUAUGGACAUUAGUUUGGAGGGAACCAACAUUUCCUCUUCAAACACUUUGGACUUGAAAAAUCCAUACUUUAGAUAUACAGGUGCUCCAGCAGCUCCCCCUCCAGGGGUUAACACAACAUCUCCAAGUGAAACUUACUGGAACUCUAUUGAGUCAGCGGGUUCCCUAAGUAAUGGACAAGGAGUUAUUUUGACAGAUGGCACACAGCAGUUUUGCUCAACCCCAGAUCAAACCAUGGCCUAUGCAGCUCAUCCAAACAUGAUCAAAACAGUAAUGUUACAAGAGGAGUUCAUCAAGAGGAUUGGCAUAAGUCAAAACGGAGAUAUAUAA